GCACACUCAGACAUUGGGUCCAAAAACAGACCUCACUGGUAUCCAAACCUUAAAAAAAAGCAUUGGACCCAACAUACAAACAAAACAUGUGUCUGUGUCUUUAAGUAACAUGAUACAGGAAGAAACUGAAAGCAAAUUCUUUCCUGAGAAACAACGAUGAUCUCCAUUGUCAUUACUUCUCCUCGACACCAACAACAACAGACAAAUGGCUUCCAGCAACAGUCUCUUAUCUGAGGAUCAGCUUCUUUGUCCCAUCUGUCUGGAUGUGUUCACUCGCCCCGUUUCCACACCGUGCGGACACAACUUCUGCAUGUCCUGUAUCACGUCCUACUGGGACGACAUACCAGUCAGCCAGUGUCCGGUCUGUAAGGAAGCUUUUGAGAGGAGGCCGGACCUCAAGGUCAACACUUUCAUCUCAGGGCUCACAUCCCAGUUCAAGUCGCUUCAAGUGACAGACGCUCACAUCCGGAGCCUGGACCAACAUCAGGCUGGCUGUGGUGGAGCGGUGCUGUGUGACAUCUGUACCGACACCCAGCGAGAGGCUGUCAGAUCCUGUCUGGAGUGUUUCACUUCUUACUGCGACAUCCAUCUAGAGCCUCAUGGCAGAGCUGGCGGCCUGAAGAGACACACACUGGUUGAGCCCUUGUCGAGCCUGAAGGACAGGAUCUGCAAGGAGCACACCAGACUCCUGACGUUGUUCUGUAGGGACGACAAGGUUUUGCUGUGUGACGUCUGCGCUGGUUUGCGGCACAUGAACCAUCAUGUUGUUCCUGUGAAGCGUUCUAACAAAGAGAAUAUGGAUUCUCUGGGGGAGACUGAAGACAAAGUGCAAGGGAUGAUCCAGGAAAGGCUGCAUAAAGUUAUAGAAGUGAUUGUGACAGUAGAACAAAGCAAGACAGAAACCAAGGGUGUGAUAGCAGACAGCGUGGGGGACUUGACAGCGCUGGUCUCUGAGAUCCAGAAGAGCCAGACGGAGCUUGUGACGGUGAUCGAGGAGAAGCAAAAAGCGGCAGAAGAACAAGCAGAUGGGUUUAUUAGCGGUUUGAGGAGAGAGAUCUCAGAGCUGCAGAAGACAACGAUGAAGCUGAGGGAGCUGAAACAGACUCCAGACCAGCUAUGUUUCUCCCCAAACCCGUCCAUCCUACCACACACCAUGGACUUGUCCACCAUCAGGUUUAGCAGACAGCAGGAGAUUGGCCACAUAUCGAACUCUCUGAGCAAAACAGUCUCUCAGCUGCGACAGUUGCUGAGUAAAAUGAACACAGAAAUACAGAAAGUCUCUGACGGCACCGUCGGGUCCGACGAUGCUACGCUCAUCGACAAGAAACAGGUGCGGUACGAGACUUGUUCAGAUUUGAAAAAAGAACAGAACCUGAACCCCAAAAUGUUAGAGCUCGCAGUUCUGGGACGGAGAGGCUUCUCGUCAUGUAGGUUUUACUUCGAGGUGUUCGUGGGUGGAAAGACUGAAUGGAAUCUGGGUGUGGACACGGCAUCGGUAGAGAGGAGGGAGGCGCUUGAACGAGGCUGUGGAAUCUGGGCCAUCUGGUUCGUAAAAGAUACGUUUGAAACCCUCAAUUCUCCAAACGUGCCGGUACACUUCGGGAAAGUGGAGCGGGUCGGUGUGUUUGUGGAUUAUGACGGUGGACAGAUUUCUUUCUACGACGUACAGACUGAAACGCUGAUUUACUCGUUUACUGAUUGUGUCUUUGCUGAAGAACUGUAUCCCUACUUCAAUCCUUGUGAUAAUGAAUACGGUUCAAACUUGGGUCCUAUGAUUAUCGUUCCUGUCAGUCGUGAAUGGCAGUUGCAGAUAAUCAGUGAUUUGUGAUAUUCACUUAAAUGCAACUGAUGUGUUUGAUUGCAAUGAAGAUUUUUUGUCAACAAAAAACAUUAAGGAAUGAAUGAAUCAGGUGAAGGAGAAGUUAAUGCAUAAAAGGAGAAACUACUACAAUACAGCUGAAAAGUGUGCAAAUGAUCCCUUUGUGAUUACGUAAGGUGGUGGUGUUUAUGUUAUCUAGAGUUGCAGAAAAUACGUAGUAGUCAUUAUUUUUAAGAGGAAUAAGUAUUAUUCAUUUAUGGAAACUUUCUGAUGUAUGAUUGAGUAUCUAUAACCGUACAAUACAUGAUCAAAAUUCACCAACAUGCAUCUUAAUUCAACACUUUUUUACUCCUUGUAAGUGUAAAUACACAUGUGGUGUUUACUUUAAUAAUAAUUUUGUCUAUAAAGUGACAGAAAAUAUUCAUCCGAUCAGCAGUCCAAAAUCUAUGAUAUCAAAUCCUCACAUUUGAGAAGCUGGAACAAGCAUUUUUGCUUCAAACAAUAAAUCAAUUAUCAAAAUACAAAAUAGAUAGAUAUAUUAUUUUUUUUAGCGCCUACAUUCAGUCACUCAUGUUGAUGAUGAAAAAGAGACAUUAACUCAGAGUCCAGUGUUUGGAAGUUGGCCAUGUUAUAGCUCAUAACAGACCUUUCUCACAGAAGAUUUUAUGACAUGCCACAGCAGAAAAAGCACAUGUUUAAAUAAUGAAAUUAACAAUUCAGUUUCAGGGAUCUGGUGUUGUUGAUGCUGGCUCAGUCAUGACUUACUGGGACAAUAACCCCUGUGCUCUUCCCACUGGACAUAUUCUUUUUAUGCUGAUUUAGUUUUUAUGAUAACAUCAAAUGUAUGUCUUGUCACUGUUGUAAGAACAUUUUAACGCUGUAUUUCAUCUGUAAUGGUAAUAACACUAAAAUAGUCAGCUUGAUUCAAUUUUAAUAAAGUGAAGAAGCAUUACGUAACUGAA